AUGUCUCGACAAAAACGAUCUGUUAAAGAGCAACAAGAUGAAAACAAGAAUAAUAAUCAUACCAUAACAUUUUAUCAUACAGGAGAUGAUAUAAAUGAAGACCUUAUAGAUAAUUUCAAUAAAUCUGACAUAAGUCCGCUGCAAAUUGAAUAUAAUCCACAGGACUAUGAUCAUCACAUUACUGAAAACAAGAUUGAAUCGACACCUCAAGCUCAAGAUUUGGAACAUUUAACUAAUGGAGAACUUCAUAAAAUAAUUGGUAAUUAUUCACAAAGUACAAAGAACAAGGACUUGUCAAAGCUUGUUGUAACUGAACUAAAACAAGGCACGGAAGUAAUAGGUGAUAAGAAUGUCCCGCCAAUGUCUAACAUUACUUUUACACCUGAAAAUGAUACUUUAACUGCAAUGACUUACAUUGCUGGAAAUCUUCUCACUAAACUAUGGGACAUCGAAAAAGAAUCUUCUGAUGCGUCGAUCGAAGUGGAAUCAAUGAAACACAAUAAAAUAAACGAUUUACUUGAACUAUUUAAAGAACCACUUAGUAUUCGACAGGAAAAUUUUCUUAAAAAUGCUCUUAUAAAGUUAUCAGAUACCCUUAAUAAAAAUAAAAACGUCAAGAAUGUUUCGCUUUGUGAAACAAUUACAGAAACAGAUAUUUCUGACGAUGAAAAUUCAAAUAAAAAAGGACAACACAACAUCAAUAUGACAAAUUGCAGGAAAGCAAAAAUGGAAAAAAUGCAAAAAGAUAAAGUUAAGCAGAAAGACACUGCUACCGACGUUAUAUCUAAGUUGAAUAACGUUAUAAGUUUAAUGAAGAAGUUUGAAAAAGUUCAAAAUAGUAUAAAAGACUUAAAGUAUCAUACCUUGAAUGUACAACCGGGUGAAACAGAUUUGCGGAGUGGUACCGUGAGUAUUGAGAUGAAGAAUGAUGAAAAUUCAUCCCUUAACUUGUUUGGUAAUUUAUUAGAGAAAAUAACAAAGCUCCUCAUUCCCAACAAUGCGAGUAAAAAAGUCACAAGUAAACUCAGAAAUCUUAAUCAGUUUAACAGAAAUGAUCAUGUGAAAAGAGUCGUUGAAGAUAAAUUUAAAAUGGAUUUGAAAAGUUCUAAUCUAACUAUCAAAGAUAAAUUAAUUUUCGAUUAUUUAAAUCACAUCAAAAAUAAUCCUAACUGCCUUCUCAGCCAAGUACAUGAAAAAAAGGAUGAAAGGAAUAUUGAAGGAGAUAUUCUGUAUAAUUUAUCAGAUUUCUUUAAAAUAAAAUCUCUUAUUGAUUUAAUUGAAUUAACAAAACCUGAGACUAAAACCUCCCAGGCUGUAUCCGCCACCGAAACAUAUAAAGAAGCACCCGCAUUGAAAGAUGUUUUGCGAGAUACUCCAAGUAAAGCGACGAGCAACAUUUCUCAAAAAUUAAAUAUCACUAAAGAAAAACUCAAAGGUCAUUUAAAAGCAAUUAUUGAUGAUCUCCUUGAAUUGCAAAAUGAAAACGACCCAAAAGCAAAAAGUAAUAUAAAUAUACUAGAUGCGUUACCUUGUAUUUAUAAUAUAUUAAAUGCUGACAAACUAAAUAAUGAUCAAAAAUCAAAGAAACAAAUAGAUCUUGAUCCUUUGAGUAAAAUCAAGAAAUUGAUAGAUUCAUUAAAAUUAGAAUUUACAUCAAAUACACUUACGCGUAGAAAUAACUUAGUUUCUAUUGAAAGACCUCGUUCGGCGAAGGUCUUUGAGAGAAUAUUAAAAAAUAUAAAUAAAAACUUAAAACUAACACGAAGAAGUUUCAGUUACAAGAAACCAAAAACCUAUGAAGAGUUAAAAAAUAUUAUGGAAAAGGUAGAGUUGGGCAGCAACAGUUACAAAAAUUUCGCUUUACUCUCAGUCAUACCGCCUCAAAAACGACUUAUGUUACUAAAGACUUUAGAAGCAGAUACUAAACAAAAUAUACUUGCAUUGAAAAAUAUUCAAGAUUCUUUUGAUACUCUGCCGGAAUCAAACCUCGAACAUGUUUCUAAUUAUAAAAGUGAAGACGUUAAACUGACUAGAGAUCAAAUCAUAAGUCUACUAAUAGAAAAUCGCAUUAAACUUUAUUUAGCAACAAAGGAAGCAACAAAUGCAGAUCUUAGUGAUGAUAUUAAUUAUAAUAUUGGUAAAAGAAUUAUAACUUUAUUAAAACAGGGCAAUGUGAUCGUCGCCAAAGAGCUCUUUAAAGUUUUUAUAGCUAACAAGCGUGGAGGAUUCAAAAAGAAUGACGACCCAGCUGCUACAAUCACAGCGAAUACUGCGAAAGAAAAGGGUCCUCUAUUGCUGGCGCUCAAAGAACCACUCAUAAGAUUUGAUAAUGAUGCCAAGAAAAUGCAAAUGAAAACGCCGGAGUUACUAUUUACACAAUUACUAAAUCUUAAAAAGAUAAAAUAA